CCGCGCCCCCGAGGGCGGGAAACUACAACUCCCGGCAUGCCCCGGGCGCCCCCGGCGCGCCCCCCUCCCGUCAGUUCCAUGCUGCUCCAUCCAGUUCAUUUAAAACAAAAGAGUUUGAGCGCUGGAAGGGGCUGGGCUCUAUUGGGGGCCACUGAGCGCCGCUCCUGGACUGGGGCUCGGUGCGGGAGCCUAAGGGGGGCGUCUGGACGGUGGGGUCUAGAGACUCCCGGGACCGAGGCGGGAGGGGUGGGGGCAGAAAUCCCGCAGCCCCCCGCCCCCCGUCACCCCCGGAGAGGAGAGGAGAUCUGCUUUCUUGGCUUUGCUUCUUUUUCCCCCCACCCCCACCCUGGGGGCUGGGGCGAGGGGAGUCGGGUUACAGGGUGUUUGGGGAGGGGGGCUUAGGGGGAGGGUCUAUCUUUCUAUCUCGCUUUCUUCCCCCCUCCCCAGUUCUUUGUUCCCCCCUCCCCACACACCCCCCUCCUCUCCUCUCCCCUCCCCUCCUCUCUCCUCUUUUCCCUUCCACCACCUCUCUCUCUCUCUCUCUCUCUCCCUCUCUCUCUCUCCCCCAGCUUUUGUUUCGCCAUGCCUAGUCUAGUGGUAUCUGGAAUAAUGGAAAGAAAUGGGGGCUUUGGAGAACUAGGAUGUUUCGGGGGAAGCGCUAAGGACCGAGGGCUGCUGGAAGACGAGCGCGCCCUUCAGCUGGCUCUCGAUCAACUCUGCCUCCUGGGUUUGGGGGAGCCCCCCGCCCCCACGGCGGGCGAGGACGGGGGAGGUGGGGGGGGCGGCGCCCCCGCGCAGCCGGCCGCCCCCCCGCAGCCGGCCCCGCCGCCGCCGCCCGCGGCGCCCCCGGCCGCCCCGACGGCGGCCCCCGCGGCGCAGACGCCCCAACCCCCCACCGCCCCCAAAGGGGCCAGCGACGCCAAGCUCUGCGCUCUCUACAAAGAGGCCGAGCUGCGCCUGAAGGGCAGCAGCAACACCACCGAGUGUGUACCCGUGCCCACCUCCGAGCACGUGGCCGAGAUCGUGGGCAGGCAAGGCUGCAAGAUUAAGGCUCUGAGGGCCAAGACCAACACCUACAUCAAGACGCCGGUGCGAGGCGAGGAGCCAGUGUUCAUGGUGACCGGGCGGCGGGAGGACGUGGCCACAGCCCGACGCGAAAUCAUCUCAGCAGCUGAGCACUUCUCCAUGAUCCGGGCCUCCCGCAACAAGUCGGGCGCCGCCUUUGGCGUGGCGCCUGCUCUGCCCGGCCAAGUGACUAUUCGUGUGCGGGUGCCCUACCGCGUGGUGGGGCUGGUGGUGGGCCCCAAGGGGGCAACCAUCAAACGCAUCCAGCAGCAGACCAACACGUACAUUAUCACGCCAAGCCGGGACCGAGACCCGGUGUUCGAGAUCACCGGUGCCCCGGGCAACGUGGAGCGUGCGCGCGAGGAGAUCGAGACGCACAUCGCGGUCCGCACGGGCAAGAUCCUCGAGUACAACAAUGAAAACGACUUCCUGGCUGGGAGCCCCGACGCCGCGCUUGAUAGCCGCUACUCCGAGGCCUGGCGGGUGCACCCGCCUGGCUGCAAGCCCCUCUCCACCUUCAGGCAGAACAGUCUGGGCUGCAUCGGCGAGUGUGGAGUGGACUCUGGUUUUGAGGCCCCGCGCCUGGGCGAGCAGGGAGGGGACUUUGGCUACGGCGGGUACCUGUUUCCCGGCUACGGCGUGGGCAAGCAGGACGUGUAUUACGGGGUGGCGGAGACUAGCCCCCCUCUCUGGGCGGGCCAGGAGAACGCCACGCCCACCUCGGUGCUCUUCUCUUCCGCCUCUUCCUCCUCCUCCUCUUCCGCCAAGGCCCGCGCCGGGCCCCCGGGCGCGCACCGCUCUCCUGCCGCCUCUGCGGGGCCUGAGCUGGCAGGACUCCCGAGACGCCCGCCGGGAGAGCCGCUCCAGGGCUUCUCUAAACUUGGUGGGGGCGGCCUGCGGAGCCCCGGCGGCGGGCGGGAUUGCAUGGUGUGCUUCGAGAGUGAGGUGACUGCCGCACUCGUGCCCUGCGGACACAACCUGUUCUGCAUGGAGUGUGCAGUACGCAUCUGCGAGAGGACGGACCCGGAGUGUCCCGUCUGCCACAUCACAGCCACGCAAGCCAUCCGAAUAUUUUCCUAAGACCCCUGCCCCUUGCCUCCUGGGGCCACCUCCCAGGGGCCCUUCUUGGAGCUGUGUUCCACUAGGGCCUUUUGGAAAUCAGUGAUUUGAGGGGCAAGGUGCUUAGAGAUACUCGCUCUCUGGGGAGGGGGGAGGGGAGGCGAUGGUGGUUGGAGGGUGGACCACUUUCAGAGCCUCUGGUCACCCUGUCCUGGAAAGGUUGGGAGGGGGCCAGGCCGGAAAUUUUACUAGAGUUACAACUCUGAUACCUCAACACACCCUUCAGUCUGGAAGCAGCUAAGAGAAACUUUUGUUUUGCCAGAGGUGGCCCCUAAGGUAUCCUGACCCCCUCUCCACCUACCCUUGUGUGUGUCACACUACCCUGUCCUCUGUGGAGGGGAUGGGGAAAGGGAGAGGGAGAAUUACCAUCUGUAUCUAGAGGUGCUCUAACGAUCCCCAAGCCCUCUGGUCCUGACCUCUGACCUCCAACCACGACCCUUUAGACCCUCCACCGCCAUAUCCUGUUUGGGAAUCUGUUCCUGGGUUUCCAGCAGUAUAAGGGGGUUGGGGCCCUUUCGGAAGUCGGGAUAGAUUUUCUAAGGGGGAAGGGGAGGAAGUAUGUCGACCGGUAAAGGGCUCAGAACUCAUCUAUCCCCACAAAGCUGGGCUAGAGGAAUCUGGAGAGGGGGUGCCCCUCUCUGCCCCUUGCAGCUUUUCCCUCCACUCUCUCCUCCCCAUCUUUCUUCCCUUUGGGUUUUCCUCACUCCUUUGUUCUCUCCCCCAACUCUCCUCUUUGCUACCCCUUGCUGGCUGUCACAACCAGCCCUGUCUUGCUCUUUCUCUCUCUUCCCUUCUCCCCCCUCCCUCCUGCUCCUUCCAGCCCAGCUUUGGGGACACCAUCCCCCUGGGGAGAAGUAGGGGGAAGAACAAUUUGAUGGUCGCCCCUAAUUCCUCUUCUGGCAUCCGGAGGCCCUCUCUCCUACUCCUCCAAAGAAACACCUCAAAUUCUUGAUGGAAUGUAUCCCCGUUCUCAGUGAAAAUUUGAGGAGGGGACCAAUACUGGGUUACAUAAAGGGUCAAACCUCCACCUUUAUCAUCUUGGGGCAUUACAUUUAGGGAACAGUUCUUGGGCUGGAUUUUCUGGUGGUGGGAGGGGAGAGCCAGGGUAGUGUGUCUGCAGUUUUGAGCAGGAAAGGGCCUGAGGCCAUGGGAGAGGCUGCUGGGGGGAGGGGCUGCUCCUCCUCCCCUGCAGUGCCCCACUCCGUGCGCCCCU